AUGCAUAUUCCUUGGGCGUAUCUAACAACAUCAACAAUUUUAACUUCCUUUCAUUUUGCUCUUGAUUUAGUCCACGCUGAUAACAAAGGCAAUAUUGCAUCAUUCACUGAUAUUAGCACAUUCCCAUCCAGUACUAAUAAAUGGAAUCAGGCUACAAGAGUACGAUACCCAAGUAGCAGUACAAUAUAUGGUAUUACAAUAUACGAAAAGCUUCUUGCAACUGCAUUGGAUAAUAUCAUUGUUGUAUACAAUAUUUCAUCCUCUAUGAAGAUUGAAGAUGUGGAUCGUAUACAACUGUCGAAACCAAUUCGAAAGAAAUUAUUGGAAUUUAAAUUUAUUAAUCAUGAAAUGUUACUCUAUUGCGACGUUUUCACGUGCAGAUUAUGUGUAUUGACCUCUCCAGAGAAGUCUUGUAUGGAAUAUCUGUUGACACUGGAUGAAAAAAAUGUUGAAGAAUUGGUAUACGCAACAGCAGUGGAGGAUCAUAACCACAAUGUCAAUAUACGAAUCGUAACUAAACAUGCUGACCAGGCCAUCAUCCUUAGAUUCCCAUCGUAUUAUGCAAUCAACAAGGGUGAUAAAUUGCUAUCGGUACAAUCAGCAGAGGACAUACCAAUCACUGACAAGCAUGGUUUAGCAACUGCAUUCAAUCGGCGCGGUUACACGUUUUUUGUGGGAUCAGCACGACGACCUUAUGAACCUUACAUCAAUGCCAGGAUCGAAGAAUUAAUUGUGAUGUCUGUUCGAAUAACUCGAAUUUGUGACAAGGAUCGUACAGAAAAGCUUGAGUCUCGCAUUGAUAUGGCACUUAAUUGUAGAAAUUUCAGUUUGCAGACGGAUGUUGUUUCUUUGGCGGCUGAAUACUAUACCGAUAGUGAUGAGCUGAUUGUUGUGUUUCAAACAUUCAAAAAAAAUGAAAACGUUGUAUGUAAGUAUUCUAUGGACCUUGAGUGCCAAAAAGUUCGAAAUCCGGAAGAGUUGCCUCCAUAUUGUUAUAUAUUUUCACGGCGUGCUGACGGACAUGCUAUGCGAACCUGCUCGAAAUUUGGUGGUAACUAUGUAAAGGAACCAUUAGACAACUGUGGUUUGGAAUUAUUCCCAUCGUUUGCAUAUCGUUAUGGAUGGUUAGAACAGUUUCAUGCACUUGCAGGACAACUCAUAGCAGUUUUACCGGGUUCCGGUGAGGAUAUCUUAUCCGUAAAACGCUUUUAUGAAGAUGGCGCAUCAUUCAUCGUUCAUUCUGAUGGUUUUUUAAAUCGGGUAUCGGAUCAAACAGAUCGGGUGGCAUCAUCGCUCCUGUGGUCACUUCAACUGCAGAGGACUCAAUACACUGAACAUACUGCUCGAUACCGCAUCGCUGCGGAUUUCUCAUACAAUCGAAUUUAUUUCGUUCAGAAUAACGAACUAAGUUAUGCAGAGCUGGCAUGCUCCUAUUUUUACGAAAGCUGUGAUUCACUGGAAAGAUCGAACUGGUCCGAUCCACUGCGGUGCCUUUGGUGUGCUAUGAAAAAUGGAUCCGGUUAUGCAUUUUCACGGUCUGAGGGCAAUUGUCCAUCCUACACUGUUGACAACCUUUGUACGCCAUUUAUUGAGCAUAUAAAUGUUCCAUCGUCAAGUUUCUCCAACUACACUUCUCUUGAAGUAUAUGGUAAGAAAUUCGAUAGACUACAAGAUAUUGUUGCCAGAGUAUGUAAUCGGAACUGUAUCAUUUCAAAUUACGGAGCAACAAAGCUAUCUUGUGUUGUAAACAUGUCAAAUGAUGCUAUGGGAGAUUGCAAUUUUUAUUUGGAAGGGAAGCUAAAGUCAUUUGGCCAAUUUAUCAUCACUUUUGAAUUGCCGAAAAAGCGGAGUUCUCACACUACAAACAUCAUUUUGGCAAGCACAUACUCACAUUCAAAGCAAAGCAGAGCAAUUGCAGCAAUAUUUGCAGUGAUUGUACUUGCAUUACUGAUCGAGCUUAUUUUAUACCUUCUUCGUCAAUUUCAUAAACGUCAACGAAAACGAAUGAAACAGUUCGAUACAAGUGGCUCACAUAUAGCGCUUGACACAAGUCAUACCACAUUCGCGAGCAAUAAUCCGUUCACUGGCCUCAAAAGAAAAGGCGACAAAAUGAAAACAUUUAAUCCAUAUGAAAAUCUCUUUAUGGAAAUUGAUUCAAAGUUGCAAAUACCUCUAAAGAAUUUGGAAUUGGGUGACGAAAUUGGAAAAGGAAAUUUCGGUGUUGUCUAUCGGGCAGUAUAUCGAAGCGCUAAUGGUCAAUUGGUAGAUGUAGCAUGUAAAACAAUCGAUUCACAUAAUGAUGGUGUCAUAACUGGCAUUAGCGAGUUUUUGCAAGAAGGCUUGAUUAUGGCUAAUUUUGAUCAUCCAAAUGUUGCUCGACUUAUUGGUAUUUCCUCAACCAACAAUAAUUAUCCCAUCAUUGUUACUGAUUUCAUGGCUCAAGGAGAUUUACGACGUUAUAUCAUUAAUCCAGAAAACAGACUCACAUUUGGUAACCUCCUUAACUUUGGCAUUCAAAUUGCAAAGGGAAUGACUUAUUUGCAUGACAAACAGUUUAUUCAUCGAGAUCUUGCUGCACGAAACUGCAUGCUAGAUGCAUACCUUGUUGUUAAAAUUGCUGAUUUUGGUUUGAGUCGGGAUGUAUCACGAUGUGGAAUGUAUCAGGCUAUCCAUAAAGAUCGUGGGAUCCCAAUUCGAUGGAUGCCAAUUGAAUCGCUUGAAGAACAACAGUAUACAUUCAAAGCAGAUGUUUGGGCAUAUGGAAUUGUACUAUGGGAGUUAGCUACGCGCGGUUUAAUUCCUUAUGCAGACCUCGAAUUUACAAAUAUCCUCCGUUUAUUAAAGAGUGGACAUCGUUUGAUGAAACCAAAAGGAUGUCCUGAUAACCUAUAUUAUCACGUCAUGCGACGAUGCUGGAUGGAAGACCCGAAAUGUCGACCAACAUUCCUCGAGUUAACAGAAAUGAUGGAAGAUGUUGUACGACAGUUACGACACGGUGUACCAGGUGGUGCACUUCUGGACUGUCACUAUGAACGUGUUUCUGCUCGUUCAUUCACUACACUACUCACCACUAAUUCAAGAGCAGGUGAUGGUACUACUCCUACAGGCUUAUAA